CACACACACACACACACACACACACACACAAGUACACAACACACUUAACCAAUUUGAACGUUAUUAAUACGAUAGUUUGCGUUUUUGAGUUAUGAAAAUUGAUAAGUACCUAAUUAUUAAUUAAUAAUACCAUUUAUCCGUGACUGUGUUAAGGCGAUAUAAUUACUGUGUAUAAUUAUGACAUUUGCCGAUAGUAAAUUCGAUCAGUAAUAUCGAAUUGAAAUGGCAAUCGUUUUAUUGCACUCACGGACGUUGAAGUAGGUAAUAACUAUUUAGUUAGGGAUGCUGGACAGAGGGUCGUUAUUUUAUGCAUGAUUUUGAUUAGUGCUUGUUGAUCAUGAUGGAAAAAAAUAAUUCAAAAGAAGACUCAAAGUCCACGUGUCCCAUAAUCACUCAACCGCUACAUUUGGAUAAGGAUAUCAAAAGUUUCGAAAUAGCAAGUUCUAAAUAUUUGAUAACCAAACCAGUAAAUUUGGACCAAGCUAUCGAAAUUGUCGGAUUUGGGAGUUUUCAUUACUACAUAUUAUUCAUUUGCGGAUCACUUUUCUCAGCAAUCUCCAUUAGCGUGACGUCAGUGUCUUUUAUUAUACCGUCAGCACAAUGUGAUUUUCAAAUGACUUCUGUCCACAAAGGCAUUCUCAAUGGAGCUUCGAUGAUAGGAAUGUUCUUCGGAUGUUUUAUCACGGGUUACAUGGCGGAUUCCAAAGGCAGAAAGUAUACAUUAGUUGUCUGUAUGAUGAUCGAUGGUAUUUUCAAUCUCAUAUCAAGCGUGUCUCAGAUUUAUCCAGUGUUAAUAUUCUGCAAGUUAAUGAGUGGAUUUGGGGUGUCUGGUGUCACUGUAUUCUAUUCUUACCUCGGAGAGUUCGUGAACAACAAAAAUCGUGAAAAAUUUCUGUGUUGGAUGGAAAUGUUCUGGACAUUUGGUGUAAUAUUACUUCCAUGUGUAGCAUGGUUAGUUAUACCACAAACAUUUAGAAUCGAAUACGGUUUCUUUUUGUUCAGGUCGUGGAAUUUAUUUGCAAUUAUUUGUUCGCUCCCGAGUAUAAUUUUUUCAUGUUUGCUGAUUAAAUUGCCGGAAAGUCCAAAGUUCUUACUCACUAAAGGUAAACACGACGAGACCAUCGAUUGCUUGAAAUUCGUUUAUAGAUGGAAUAAUAAGACCGGCGAUGAAUUUCCGGUGACUUCACUAGUGUUACCCGAUUGUAUUAAUGAACAGAAUAAUAGCUUCGUUAGUGGACUCUACAAGAGCAUUCUGGAGCUGUUUACGUCUAAAUUCAAAGUUGUAGCUAUGAUUACAUGUGUGAUACAAUUUUGUUGCACUGCCAGCUUUUACAUGAUGGUGUUGUGGUUCCCAGAGCUGAUGAAUAGGUUUCGAUGGUAUGAAACAUUAUACUCAGGUCCCAAAAAUAUGACAAAUAUGUGUGAAAUUGUAUCUCUUUUUAAAAUUGAACCCGAAGAGAUAGAUCUGAAAUGCAAUGAUGAGAUCGAUCAAUCUGUGUACGAGAACAUUCUCAUCAUCGGCAUUGCUUGUAUACCUACAAGUAUUAUUGUGCCGCUAUUAGUCAACAGAUUUGGAAUUAAAUUUUUCUUAGUGUUAAGUUUUUUCGGGUCAGGUCUGUCCGCCGCUUGCUUGUACUUCAUUUCGUCUUCAUUCGAGAAUAUCGUGUUAUCUUCAGUAUUUGAAGCUCUUUCUAGCUUGGGUAUCGGUUUAGUAUUUUGUAUAAGUGUUGAACUAUUUCCAACAGAAUAUAGGGGCGUUGCCGUAUCUAUUGGUUCCAUGUUUGGCAAAAUAGGUGCAGUUAUUGGCAACAUCAUAGUUGGUGUAUUUAUUGAUGCACAUUGUAUGGUUCCUAUUUUAGUAUCGUGCUCUUUUUUGAUAAUUUCAGGGUUAUUAGUAUUAACAUUACCAAAAACUGGAAGGACCGCCAUAAAAUGAAAAUAAACUAUCGGAGGAGAGAACUUUGAACUUGUUUUAAUCAAUUUUAUAUCCUGUUUUUUUUAUAAUUAUAUAAAUGUAAAUCUAACAUAAAUUUAUUAUUUUAUUUUAGUUUGUACAAAAAUGAAUAUUUACAUAACAGAUUAUGUAAGUAAAUGAAUAUUUAUUAAACUUGAUAAACAGGGAUUUUGAAAGAAAAAUACAUACACUUUAAUACGUUGGUACUAUGUCGAGGUACUUUCUGAAAAUGCAUUCAAAACUAUAUAUUGUAAUAUUAUUUGUGAAUGUUUGCUGUUUUUUUUUCCUUUUUGAUGUUAAAUAUAUCAGUAUUUUCUUUUACGCAUA